CAACUUCUUGCCGGGCCACCAUUUUCUUCCUGACUCUUCACUUCUUCAGUUUGUGUGUUCUCUUCAUUCUUCACGGCUUCGCCCUCAGACCUCGCUGCUUCUUCUACCCGGAGAAGCUUCUAGAAACACCAUCUCCGAUCCAUCAGCCCAGCCAGGCCUACCUGCUGGUGGAGGUCGACACGGCGUGCUGUUCCGUGCCGCUUCCUUAGCGGUCGCGCGAAGGAUGCUGGCGUCCAGGGUCUGGUCUAGGUCCGCACCGCAGUCCUCGCGCGCUUUGGCUUCCGCAGCGGCCUCGGCGGCGAGGUCCCUUCUACUGAGGUCCGGCAUGCAGCUCUCCCGGGCUCCUCCCGGUCUCGCAGAGCGGCCCUGCGCCCGGAUAGCUGAGGCUGAUGCGCCGCCGCUGUGCUCUUCUUCAGGCCAUUCACGAGGAGAACAUGCCUGCAGAAGACGCACAUAUCAAAGACAUCCAGUGUCUAAUCGAGCCACGCCUGUCGGAGGGAACCGUCAUGUUCUUUAUGCAAGUUAUCUUUCACAGAACCAACAGAACUACAGAUCUUUUUCGGCUUCGUCCGACCAAGAGAGGAUAGAAGCUGCAAACAGGUUCCAGAUAAUACAUGGUCUGCCAAGGUGUGUGAAAAUUGUAGAAGUUGGGCCUCGAGAUGGACUGCAGAACGAAAAAAAUACAGUGCCAACACCUGUAAAGAUUGAGCUCAUAAAGAGAUUGGCAACCUCUGGAUUAUCAGUUGUUGAGGCAACAAGUUUUGUCUCCCCAAAAUGGGUGCCACAGCUAGCUGAUGCGAGGGAUGUUAUGGAAGUGGUUCGGAAUAUUACGGGUGUAAGCUUUCCUGUAUUGACCCCAAACCUCAAGGGAUUUGAAGCAGCAGCUGCAGCAGGUGCCAAAGAAGUUGCAAUAUUUGCGUCAGCUUCUGAAGCAUUUUCAAAGUCAAACAUAAACUGUUCAAUUAAAGAGAGCCUUGUUCGCUAUAAUGAUGUUGCUCUUGCAGCAAAAAAGCGAGAAAUUCCUGUACGAGGGUAUGUUUCUUGUGUGGUUGGAUGCCCAGUAGAAGGAUCAGUACCACCUUCAAAUGUAGCUUAUGUUGCCAAAGAGCUUUAUGACAUGGGCUGCUACGAGGUUUCGCUUGGUGAUACGAUUGGAGUAGGUACCCCAGGCACAGUUGUACCAAUGCUUGAGGCAGUUAUGUCCGUCGUUCCCGUGGAAAAGCUUGCUGUCCAUUUCCACGACACCUACGGGCAGUCUCUUUCAAACAUCCUCGUCUCUCUCCAGAUGGGUAUUAGUGUCGUGGACUCCUCCGUUGCGGGCCUUGGUGGCUGCCCAUAUGCAAAGGGCGCAUCAGGGAAUGUUGCUACCGAGGACGUAGUGUACAUGCUGAAUGGGUUGGGGAUCAAGACAGGCGUCGAUCUAAGCAAGGUGAUCUCAGCCGGCGAGUUCAUCUGCAAGCAUCUGGGGCGCCAGUCUGGGUCCAAGGCAGCUACUGCCUUGAGCAAGGUUACCGCGAGCGUCUCAAAGCUAUGAGGCUGCUCUUAGUGCUGUUACUCUGUAACAUCUUAAUGUUGUGCCCGUUUAUCGUAUGUCGUGAUCCCCUGUUGCAGAAGAUACAUGUACAGUACCAAUACAGAAAGUACGUAAAUGAAUAAAUGGUGCAUUUGAUGUUUUGCCACAAAAAA